AAAGACCUGAAGUGGGACACACAGAAAAGUCCAUUCAUGACCAUGCCGCUGUAAUGAUGGUUUUUUUCCAUCACGUAUGCCUACGUAUGCAUACGUGACUUUCUGCGUGACGCUCAAUGACAGUAAAAUAACUGCAUUUAAGGAUCACAUUUCCUGUACAUACAAACAAAAAGGUAGGAUCAUUCCACUAAGAUGGAGGACGAAGGUGAGGCUGGAACAUGCACAUUAAGUUAGGAGGAACGACCCAGAAACCCUCCUAAAAACCUGACUUGACACUGCCAAAAACGCUCCUGAGAAACCGCUACUUCACUGGUACUUUACUAGUACUGACUGUGGCCAUCCAGCGCUGUGACACAUACCGGGCUGAACAUAGCAGCCAAUGAGGAGUCUGUGUUGCCAUGGGAGGUCCACCAGCAAGUGGCAGCAUGGAACCAUCAAACAAAAUGUUCAUGGAGAAUCUUCAGCACUCACGUCGCCAUCAUAACUUCUUUCUACGGGCUCGACCUUACAGGGGGGAGCUUCCCACAGUGGCAGGCUUUCUCCUCUACCCAGAUACCCCAGCCAAGAUGGAGACCACAUCACAUGACGAUUUCUGCUUCAAGACCGUCCCACAGCGAGACAAAGGCAUGAACAUACUUCCCCAUUCUCCAGACAGACAGGAAGUGGACACAGCAGCAGACAUGGCCAAGCGAGCAGACCCAGUUCAAGAUCCACAAGCGGAGACGAUGCGAUCUCAGUACCAGAAGGACUUCCCUCCUCCAUCCUCGUGGUGCAGGAGGAGCACACCCGCUCUCCCACAGCCGGACAACAUCGGCAUCAACCCGGCUUUUAGGAUCGACUUCAGGACAGUCCAGAGGGACACAUUCCCCGACUGGGCCAAACCCAAGACGGGAGUGGCAAGAUCUUCUCAAACAUACUGAAGAUGGACAUGCCUGAGACUUUAAAAGACCUUGUCACCGCUCCUUGGCCGAAUUGUAACGCCAUGAUGUUUGAAUCCAAAAUGAACAAAAUACAAAGUAAACAAUGUGCUUUUAUUUUAAAAACACUAAACAAGAACGUAGCAUUGUCCAGUUUCUAUCUAAACACAGUCACCAGGGGGCAUCCUUGCAUGAUACCUGAUGAUGGCUAUGAUAUGCUGUGAUGUAUACAGCAACCUUGCAAUAUUUGAUGUUCUUUUUUGGCAUUCACAUGCAAUUUAUGAGGGGAUUUCAAGAAAUUAAAUAGUUUUUAUC